GAAUGCAUAACACGACACGCAUUUAUGGUGAAUAAUAUUACUUUCAUGUUUCUGUGAGCCUCAUGUUUACCAUUCCCAAAACCUGUUAUCCUCCGAAUAUAUCCCAGGAAUGAGCAAGGGAACGGAUGCCAAAGCUUCAUCCAAACCGCUGUAUGGAAUAGAUAUCUAUAGUGUUAAGAAGACUGCUUGUGCGUGGUAUGGCAAUGUUUGGGAUAUCUUCGCAAAAGCUUUUGAUAUUACAUCGCUGUACAUUUCUUCAUGUCAUCCCUGAAUUUCAAUACUGGAAUAAGAGUAAGGAUUUCAGUGAUGCUAAACGUGAUUAUUUCAAGUUGCAGAGAACACCAGUUACUUGCGACAUGCUCACCUCCUGUGUUAGUAGAACCCUGGAAAUAUCAUGGGUUCCUUUGAACAUUGUACUCUUGAAACCUCCAAACGGACAGCUAGACUCUGAAAAAUGGUUGGGCGUUC